AUGUCUUAUCCUGGCUAUUUGGGAGGUUUUAUGAGUAAUACUAUGAAUGGAAUUGGGGGAAGUAGUGGAUUUGGAGGUUUUGGUAAUGGUCUAGGAAGUCUUGGCAGCCUUGGAGGAUUCGGAAAUGGGUUAGGAGGUCUUGGUGGGAUUGGUAGCUAUGGUAGCAGUUUUGGCGGAAUUAGUGGCCUUGGUAAUGGUUUUAGUGGACUUGGUAGCCUUGGCAAUAGCCUUAGUGGACUUGGUGGCUUUGGUAAUGGUUUUAGUGGAUUUGGUGGCCUUGGCAAUAGCUUUAGUGGACUUGGUGGCUUUAGUAAUGGCCUUGGUGGACUUGGUGGCGUUGGAAAUGGUUUAAAUGGAUAUAGUGGCCUUGGUAAUGGCUUUAAUGGACUUAGUAACCUUGGCAGUGGCCUUAGCCGUGGUGUUGGUGCCCUUGGCAACAUUGGGACUGGGAAUCUUGCUGGACUUGGUAGUUUUGGAUUAGGAAGUCUCGGUGGCUUUGGUGGUAUUGGAAAUAACGGUUAUGGAGGCCGAAAAUGA